AUGCAAGAAAGCAGGUGUCCCCACGAUGUGAACAUUGAAGAGUCAGCGGAGCUCAGUCACCGCCUACUAAUUGGGGCUAGUGCCAUUGUAGGUCUCCCGGCGCUCAUUAACGCGCUCUUGCGCGUAGCUUUCCUCCGCCUACCUGUUUGCUUCACACACUCUUUCUCUGUGGUUCGAGUUCCGUUGCCUAGUGAUCUCAAUAUACUGCUUGGUCUAUACCACACUAAAGUCAUGGAUCCUUAUGAAGACGAUGCUGGUGUUGGUGACGAGCACGAGAAAGAUCAGGACCAGGAUCAGGAUCAGGAUCAUGAACAUGCUGAUGAGAAGGCGAUCAAUGAAGAGUACAAAACAUGGAAGAAGAAUGCGCCCUUCCUCUAUGAUAUGAUCCUGAGCACAGCAUUAGAAUGGCCAACUCUUACAACCCAGUGGCUUCCAGAUAAGCAAGAAGUCCCAGACAAGCCCUACUCAACCCACCGUCUCCUCAUUGGCACACAUACCACUGGUGAUGCGCAGAAUUACCUUCAGAUUGCCCAGGUGCAACUUCCAAACCCUAAUGCCCCAAACCCGGAAGACUAUGACGAAGAGAAAGGAGAGAUUGGAGGCUAUGGCGGCGGUUCAAAGAAGGCGCAGAUGGAAAUCAAGUUCAAUAUUGUGCAAAAGAUCGAUCACAAGGGUGAGGUCAACAAGGCCCGGUAUCAGCCACAGAACCCGAAUAUCAUUGCUACAAUGUGCACAGAUGGUCGGGUGAUGAUCUGGGAUCGCUCUAAGCACCCCAGCUUGCCAACCGGCACAGUGAACCCUCAAAUGGAGCUUCUGGGCCAUGAAGCUGAAGGCUUCGGGCUUAGCUGGAACCCCCAUCUGGCAGGUCACCUCGCAACGGGCAGUGAGGAUAAGACUGUUCGACUUUGGGACAUUACUACAUACACCAAGGGUAACAAGGCAGUCCGACCAAGCCGCACUUUCACACACCACUCCUCGAUCGUCAACGACGUUCAACACCAUCCUCUCCACUCCUCUCUCAUCGGAACAGUCUCCGAUGACAUCACGCUUCAAAUCCUCGAUACCCGCCACGAUGAUUCCACUCGCGCGGCUGCUUCGGCUGAAGGUCAGCACCGCGAUGCCAUCAACUCAAUCUCCUUCAACCCGGCCUCCGAGACGAUUCUGGCCACGGGUUCCGCCGACAAGACUAUCGGUAUCUGGGAUCUCCGCAACCUGAAAGCGAAGCUCCACUCAUUGGAGGGCCACACUGAUUCGGUGCAAUCUAUCUCGUGGCAUCCAUUUGAGGAGUCGGUCCUGGCAAGUUCCAGUUACGACCGCAAGAUCAUGUUCUGGGACCUCAGCCGGGCAGGCGAGGAGCAAACCCCUGAGGAUGCUCAAGAUGGGCCACCAGAACUUCUGUUUAUGCAUGGUGGACACACGAACCGUAUCUCAGACUUCAGCUGGAACCUAAGUGACCCGUGGGUUCUCUGUUCCGCGGCUGAGGACAAUCUACUGCAGGUAUGGAAGGUAGCAGAUGCAAUUGUGGGCAAGGAUCUGGAGGAUGUCCCAACAGAAGAAAUUGAGGCGUGAUUUUAGUUCUACCGG